CGCAGACGGCCAGUUAAACGAUCUGGACUAUACAAGUAAAGACACCAUUUAUUUUUUUUAAGAACAACAAGUAUAUGUUUAUGUUAUAUUUUAAUUAUUUUUGGUCAAGUAUUGCAUCAGUGGCUGACUUACUAAACUGGAUGUGUGUGUGUUUUUUUUUUUUUUUUUUACUUGUAGCAUCUAUGGUCUUGCGUUCUAAACUCAAUUCGUUCUUUGUCGGUUCGAUUUUUAAACCGCUCGGAAAUUCCACGAUGUAAGUAAUGCUUCACAUCUAGGGGAUUCUUUUUCUGUCUUUUUCUCGGAUUGAUGACAGCGUUUUGGUCUUUGCCGAAGCAACAAAAAAAAAGUUUGUUACAAGCCUGUGGGCAGUGGAAAUAGAGACAAAAUAGGGAUGCUUUAAGGAGGCGCUUAGCUGGCUGCUGCAGUUUGGUAUCCGCUGCCUAACAGAAACUGAAUGAAGCAGUUUCCACGAGGAAAGUUAGCCCUGCAAUGUGUAUCAGCUGUGCUCCAUGAAGACUCACUGAGGGGGUGCAGGGGGGACCUUGGAAGAUUGGAAGCAUUCAUAAAGAACCAGUCUAUUGAGACAUAGUGCCCUACAACCAAAUCUAAGAAUGAGGAGCAGAUACACAAUAUUCCUAGUGUUUGUAGUGGCCCUUGUCAUCAUUGAGAAGGAAAAUAAUAUUAUUUCAAGGGUAUCAGACAAGCUAACACCACGACAGACUCCACAAACACCACUUUACCCAAAUGAUUCAAUAUCUGUUUUUCUCACACAAAAUGGCUCCUAUUCAUCACUCAGUGAGCUGGACCCAGCGUUCAAGCAUUUGAAGAACCGUUUAGAAAACUAUGCACUGCAGUUUCUGCAUCAGGUAGACAAUGAGCGGUCUAAUCCAAGGAAGCACAUCUUACUGAUGGCAACAACAAGGACUGGUUCCUCCUUUGUGGGAGAGUUUUUCAACCAACAAGGUAGUAACAUGUUUUACCUGUUUGAGCCUUUGUGGCACGUCGAGAAGAUGGUAACAUUUGAAGCCAGGGGAGCCAAUGCAGUGGCUGCAUCCAUUGUCUACCGGGAUAUACUCCAGCAGCUUUUCCUCUGUGAUCUCCAUGUGCUAGAGCACUUCAUAAGCCCGCUUCCAGAGCAUCAUAUCACUCCUUCCUUGUUUCGUAGGGGAUCUAGCACAUCCCUCUGUGAAGACCCUGUCUGUACUCCGUUUGUGAAGAAGACCUUUGAGAAAUAUCACUGUAAGAACCGCCGCUGUGGGCCAUUGAACUUGACCUUGGCUGCAGAGUCUUGUCUCAGUAAGCAACACAGGGCCAUUAAAACAGUCCGUGUCCGGCAGCUGGAGUCCCUGCGGCCCCUCCUUGAAGACUCCCGAUUGCAUAUGAAAAUUAUCCAAUUGGUGCGUGACCCCAGAGCCAUCUUGGCCUCCAGGAUGGUGGCUUUCUCCUCUAAAUACGAGAAUUGGAAAAAAUGGGCAGUCAAUGGCGAGGUCCCCAUUGAAGAUGAAGAGGUGCAAAAGUUGAAAGGCAACUGUGAAAAUAUCCGUCUGUCAGCAGAGGUUGGCUUGAGUCAGCCUUCGUGGCUGAAGGCACGCUACAUGCUCGUGCGCUAUGAGGACAUAGCCAGAUAUCCAAUGCAGAAAGCAGCAGAAAUGUACAGGUUCACUGGGAUUCCUUUUACUCGUCAGGUAAAGGAAUGGAUUCUUAAAAACACUCAAGGCUCCAAAGAAAGUGGGGGAGUGUAUUCAACCAAAAAGAACUCAUCUGAGCAGUUUGAAAAAUGGAGGUUCCGUAUGCCUUACCAGCUGGCACAGGUUGUUCAAAAAGUAUGUGGGCCUGCAAUGGAAUUGUUUGGUUAUAAAUUGAUUGAGGACCCAAUGAUCCUGACAAACAGGUCCAUCAGUUUGCUAGAAGAAAAGGUGUUUCAUUUUACCUAUUUAUAAAUCCUAAGAAAAGGAAAAGUUUGUUCAAAAGUCUUCACCAUAGGUUUAGACCUCAAGGUCCUUUUAGCAUGAAAUGUGUAUAUUAUACUGGAUAGGUGUCUGAAGGUUAAUGGACUUGUUGCUUUUCCCACUAAAGAAUUACUUGGGGAUAUGUAGGGAUUAAAAUUUACUGAGUCUGUAAAGUGGGAAGACCAAAGCAAAGGAUUACAGUAUGUAUUAAUUGUAGCUUUAAACUGUACAAAGUUUGCUAAGUAGCAACUGAAGAUUGAAACUGUUUAGUUAAUGUUUUGUAAAUCCUACCCCUUAUUGUUUCAGUUACUGGGAUUUAUAUUUUCUUUCUAAACAGCGGUAGAAUUAGAAUGCUAGAUCAUUAGAACAGGUCUCAGCAAAAUAAAACCAGUGUUUCUAAUGAUAGAUGUUAGUCUCAUUCGAUCCACAAUUUCAAUCAAUUGUAUAGAACCUACUCUAAAUUAUGUAGCAGUUUGCCUGUCUAACAUGUUAGACACAGACAAACUGCAGACGUGCAAGGGUUUCUGUUGAGACAUACAUGCUAAUAGUGUAUUUUAUAAAAAGCUAAAUCUGUAUUUAUUAAAAAAUAACAUUAUUUUAUUACAGGGAAGCAAAACUUAACCAAAACACGAAGUCAGCUUAGAUGUGAUUUUUUUUUUUUUUUGCUCUAAUUUAGGAAGGUCAGAUUUACACACAAAAAAACCGAACACACUUUGCUUUUGUAAUGACUUUGUAAAUAACAGUUUCAAGUGACUUAUUGAAAAAGCUCAGGGUGAAAUUAGUGAUCCUGAUGGCAAUGUGAGGCGUUUGGAUUGGAUAAAUUAGAGAAUAUAUUAACUUGAGCUUUAGGUCUGCAUUGUAAAUAGGAAUGUGUUUGUUUAAGGUUAACUAGAUGGUAUGGCAAAUAUCUUUUUUUUACCUUUUGGAAACAUCUAGCACAGAAUUAUACUGACUUAAUGAGUGGGCUGUAGUGGUGGUGAAGUUAUACCACGGACGGCAACGUGAAUGUAGGUCUUGGUGACCUACUUUUACAAUACUGACCUGAUUGUUUAAGCUGUUGAAGGCUAAAUCUUAGGAAACACUGGUUUUCAUAUAACUAUGCAAGGUUUAUAGCGGACCAGAGGUAUAGGUCUCUAAAAUGAAUUUCACUUGUGUGACACCAAAGAUUUGUUUUAAAAGUUGCAAUUUUGAAGCUGCUUUAAAGACCCAUGAGAAAACUUGAAAAUAAAUUGCUAAUAUAUAUUUGAAGUAGGGGGGGUGGGGUGGAUUAUAAAGUCAAAGCCUUACAGAACUAUUCUUGAAUCAUUGCAAACAUGUGAUUAAUUACUGUUUGUUUGGUUAGAGGGGUAUUUUUUUAAUUUAUUUGCAUGAUGUAUCUCAUAGAGUUGUUUGGAAAUCUUUUUUUUUCUUGAUGUUGUCAUUGUUUUUAUAGCUUAAGGUUAGUAUCCUGGAUUUAGCAGGGUGGCUUAUUAUUUUAACAGUUAAACUGAUGAUAGUAGACUAUGACUUUAUUGGUCUGUAACAUAUGAUAUAUAUGUUAUUUGCCUAAUAACAACUUAGGGUGUAUCUUCAUCAUCUCCUGAAGCAAAGCACAUUUAGAUGCUAGAUUCUAAAUCUGGGCAAUCAUAGUUUUUAUCAAUAACUCCUGUUAAACACCUACAUUUACAUUUUUUUUUAAAUAAAGUAUUGUUGUCUUAAAAGCUACAGUAUCCUAGUUAUCUUGGAGAUGGGUUUAUUGUAUAAAACUAGUUUUGGUCACGCUUUAUUUUAAGUGCCACAUUUUUAGUUUAUUAACUGUUAACAAAUUUUGUUCAUUUUGAGCUAAGUGUUAUAUAUUAAGAUACUUAUAAUCUAAUAUAACAUGCAGUGUUGUGUGAUGAACUGCUGUUAUGGAUUCUGUUCCCUGUCGGAGAGAUGAGGUUUAAAAGCUCUAUAACUAUGAAUGCAGACAACCCUGGCUCUUGCAUGAGAAAAUCCAGGAUGCUAACCCUAAACUAGUUGUAGUAUAUGUGGGAAAUGUGCCUUUGAACUGUAAUUUACAAAUAAAGUUACAGUUUUGCUUUAUUCUAUAAUCUGUCAAUUCCACAUAUGGUACCGUAGUCCUAGACAGUUAAACAUGGGUUACUGUUUGUGUGGAUUGUUAAUGUUUUGGGUAAGUACUUGACAUUUCUUUGGAGUCUUUGUGUGUCUAGGAAAUUAUGUGCAAAUUGAAAAACUGAACAGCAACUUUUAAACACAGCCACAUAGCCAGAAAAUACUCAGUAACUGCAGCUGGCUUGCAGAAUUUAACUGUUUAAUAAUAUAGACUAGUUUCAUCAUAAGAGUUAUUAAAAUACAUUUAGCUUCAGUCACAGGCAAAAAAUACGUGUGUUUCAGCUAAUUCAAAUUUUUAUAUAGGAAUGUUUUCAUGUAUUUGUAUUUUUUUAACCAUUGGGUGCCUUUGACACUGUUUAUUUAUUUUAAAGUGGUGGCGAUGGACCAAAGACACAAAACAUCUUAGUUUUAUUUGGGGUACAGGUACUUUAAAACAUUGGUCUGCUUUUCAUGUUGUUUUCUGUACAGAUAAUAGUGCUGGUGUCGAAUUUGAUUUAUGUCAUUAAAAAGUUGAAGAAAAAAAGUGUCUGCAAUUUUA